AUGAUUGUUGAAGGCGGAAGUAGAGUUGUCAAACAGGGGGUUCUCCUUGAUGACAACCCACCUUGUGGGGACUCCGUCAUUUGCCUCAAAAUGUUGUGUGCGAUGAAGGAGCUUUGCUCUUGCUCCUGCGUAACUUCCCUUGAGCGACUACGGGUGACGAGUCCCGUGUAUGAGCUGUUUGUGGAGGAAGCUCUAGAUGCUAUCUUCGUUGGUGUCAUUUUUCUUGUUUGGAUGCUGAGAGAGAUGAGAGGUUCGCCAUCAAUCUCCCAAUUGUCUUCUUCUUUAUCGAUUGCAUCUAAACAAACUGGCUCCAGAAAUGAGAAUAGAAGAACUUUCAUAUUUGAUUUAUUGUUCAAGUCGAUUUCUUCGGGGAUUUUGAUCGGCGGAGUUGGAUCACUUUUCAGCGCGAAUUCUUCCACUUCCAAUUCGCAUCUAUCAUUCGCCGACUUCCCAAAAGAAACAACAUGGACAACAGUGAAAGAAAACUCAUUCGAAUUCCCAACUCCAACAACAACACCAACACCAAAUCAAAAUGCAAAUGCAAAUGCAAAGAAAAAAUCCAAAUUUCUAUUUGGAGAUGAUUAUAGGAGAAGGGUGUUUUUCAAUUACGAAAAACGUAUGAGGAUUCAAAGUCCUCCUGAGAAGGUGUUCGAGUAUUUUGCCUCUAUUCACACACCUGAAGGAGAAAUAUAUAUGACGCCUACAGAUUUGAUGAGAGCUGUUGUUCCUGUGUUUCCUCCAUCUGAGUCAAAUCGUAUUAGAGAAGGAGUAAGAGUUCUACUUUCUUCCAAACUCCAUGAUAAUUUACACAAGCUAACCAUAAUUGAAGAUGAUCUGUCUUUUGUCAAAUAUCAAACUAGUAACUUUAUAUGGAUUUGUGCAUCCCCUGAUGGAAAUUUCUUGAUUUGGCCCCUGCUUGCUUGCAGGUACAUCUUUUUUGUUACUCUUCUCAGCAUACCAGAGUCCAGCUUUUCAGUGGCAUUCAAAAUGUUUGACAUUGAUAACAAUGGUGAAAUAGACAGGGAGGAGUUCAAGAAAGUGAUGGGUUUGAUGAGAAAACAGAACAGACAGGGAGCUCACCAUAGAGAUGGAAGAAGACUUGGAAUGAAAGUUAGUGUUGAAAAUGGUGGUUUAGUAGAAUAUUUCUUCGGUCAAGAUGGAAAAGACUCCCUUCACCAUGACAAAUUUGUCCAAUUUCUAAGACAACUUCAUGAUGAGAUACUUCUAUUAGAGUUUUCGCAUUAUGACUUCAAAUCACAAGGAAGCAUAUCAGCCAAAGACUUUGCACUAUCAAUAGUUGCUUCAGCAGACAUAAAUCAUAUAGACAAACUGCUAGACAGAGUUGAAGAAUUGAACAAAGAACCCCAUUUCAGAAACAUCAGAAUCACAUAUGAAGAAUUCAAAGACUUUGCAGAGCUACGCAAGAAGUUAGAAUCCUUCUCUUUGGCUAUUUUCAGCUAUGGUAAAGUAAAUGGGGAGUUAACAAAACAAGAUUUCCAGAGAGCAGCUUCUCAUGUGUGUGGAGUUGCAAUCACUAGGAAUGUGGUGGAUAUAAUAUUUCAUAUAUUUGAUGCAAAUGAAGAUGGGAAUUUAAGCUCAGAUGAGUUUAUAAGAGUCAUACAGAGAAAAGAAGUGAGUUCUUCACAACCAGCUGUAGGUGUUGGAGGAUUUCUGUCUUGUUGGUUUAGCUGUGCAGCUAAAUGUUCUUCUGCAAAGCUCUUUGUUCGCAGCUGAAGAAUUUGAGGAUGCGUCCUGUUUGAUGCCCUAAUGAUGUUCCUGUAAACAUGUAAAUUUUUCAACAUGAUGAAAUUCUUUCUACUGGACUGUUCUUAGGGAUAUAUUCUUUUACAAAAUUGAUAUUCGAUUUUUAGUUCGAUUGAAAUAAAGAAAUCACAAAAGCUUGUUUCUUUUAUUUUGAAAACAAAACGAAAUGCGGAAGCUGAAAGAGAUGAAUAAUAGAAAGGCGGCUCAGAUAUGGAAAUGGGGCAAAGCAGAGGAAGCUGGCCAUGGCGGCGAACCCUAGCAGAGCAGUCAGAUCGCCAUGCCGACGGAUCGGACCUCCAUUGUCGUUGCCCUAAAAUCCUCACACUCCAAAUUCAAAACCAUCAUCAUAGCCCGGGUGUUUAGAGAGAGAGAGAGAGAGAGAGAGAGAGAGGCAUACAUACAUAUAUAUAUAUAUACACAUACACACACAGAAAGAAAGAGAAAAAGAAAAAAGUGGAGAGGGUUUGGAGG